CCUCCCGCGCGCUUUAAUAACAACCGGAAGCAGACGCGUGUGACGCAACAGCGGCUUGUGACUUGCGAAAUGGAGACGGGAGCAGGUAGCAGGAAGCGCGCCUCUCGCACCGAGGACCUGCGGGCUUGAGCGGGGAGAGAAGCAGCCGACGGGCAGCCGCACGGCGACCGGCAGCCGGUUGGACAACGACGCAUCGCCCCGAAAUCUCCGGGAAAGUGAGUCGUUAGCGGCGCGCCGGUGGUUAGCACUGAGCUAGCCGCGGGUUUGUCCUGCCGAAUGCGGCACUCUGUAAGAUGAUCUGCAAUCAGGAAGAAGAUGAGUUUGUGGCGGUGCGGGUUCAGGAUCCCCGCUUGCAGAAUGAAGGCUCGUGGAAUUCAUAUGUGGAUUAUAAAAUAUUCCUCCAUACCAACAGUAAAGCUUUCACAGCCAAGACGUCCUGCGUGCGUCGGCGCUACAGUGAGUUCGUCUGGCUGAAGAAGAUGCUGCAGAAGAACUCCGGCUUGGUGCCAGUUCCAGAACUUCCUGGAAAGUACUUCUUCUUCAGCAGCAAUGAGGACUUCCUGGAAAGGAGGAGGAAAGGACUUCAGGCCUUCUUGGACAACGUGGUGAACAUGACGGUGUGUCUGUCGGACAGCCAGCUGCACCUCUUCCUGCAGACGCAGCUGCCGGUCGGCCACAUCCUGGACUGCGUGCAGGGCCACACGCCGUACUCUGUGACGGACGCCAUCCUCACCUACGCCUCGUCCAACCGGGGCUACGCUCAGGCCCAGGAGGAGGACGACGCCGCCGCCAACAAAGAGCCCAGUCUCGGCGUGUCUUACGAGUCCAUGGAGAGCCCGGCUCCUCAUCAACCGUGUCUACAACCCAAAGAGCUCUUCAGCCCCGAGCUCUUGUCCUGCGCUAAAGACUCUGUAGAGCUUCAGCAGAAGGAGACCUCCUCGGUUGAGGUGCUGCAGAACGACGACUGCCUGGAGGCCGUCCUCCAGGACCGCGGCCCGACGGGGGCCGUCUUCUUCCUGGGUGACGGACAGGAGGCCUCAGAGAGUCUCCCGCGGACCAGCAUCCAGACGCCGGUGGAGGUGCACUCGCCGGCGGGGGAGGGCUUUGGGAGAGCGGAGAGCGCCACGGCGUUGGAUGGAGCAGAAGAGGCUGAUCCUUUUCCAGAAGAUCAACGGGAAAGUUCUAGUGAAGCAACGGCGAACGAGGUGGAAUCUGAGCCCAAAGAAUGUGCAAACUCUGCAGACAUUUUGCACUCUGAGGAUGCUGAGCGGGAGGAACGUGGCGCGGAAAGUGGCGGUCGCUCUGAGGAGGAAGUUCAGUCCGCCGUCUGCUCUGGGCGGCGAGUUUCAGAAAGUAGCGUCGCCUCCGAAGCUGAAGGUCGCCGGGACGCCGAGGAGGUCGAGGUCCGUUCGGAGGAGUCAAACAACUCAGACGACGGAAAAGGAGCCGAGGCGACGACUCUCGAUGCGCCCGGCGCUCCGGAGGUGAGGGGCGGCGGCGGCGAAGACGUCGUUCUGGGAGCGGACCCAGCGGAUCGCUCUUGGGCCACACAGGACGGGGCCGUGGACGGACACUCGUCUUCCAACGGGAGCAUCGUGGAGGUCAGCGACGGGGAAAGCUUUGGCGAGGACUCGAUCCCAGCCGCGAACAGCUACGCGGAGACGCCUCCAGAGGACGCCAGCCGCUGGUCGCCAGCCGAGGACUCCACGACAAACGGUCGGGACAUUUGUGGUCGCGAGGACGUCAGCGCCUCCGGUAAAUCUCUGGGUCUGAACUCUACUCCGAGCGGUGGAGAUUUAACCGAAAACUCUGACUUCAGCAUCUUGGAGGGCGGCUGCGUCGGUUAAGACUGCAGAGAUGCAGCAGUGCAUUGUGGGAGGUGUCGUCUGCUCAAAAGGCACAUUGGAACACGAGAGAGGACCGUCCGAACGUGGCCGAUCCUCUCCGUCGACCUGCUUUUGUUUUAAGUGUUUAUUUAAUGUUAAAAUCUCCAUUAACUCAGGUAACGUGAAUACAGGCGCUGUUGUUCUGCCGCGGGCGCCGUUUGGCCUCCUGGCAACAGCAGAGGCUGCUGUAGUUCACAAAAGCAUCUUACGGCUCAUCUGUUUUUAGUUUAUUUUAAUCCAUAAAGGUUUUAUUGUUGUGUUUACAUACAGCGUGUUUUCAUUUUUAGUUCAAUGUGAUUUCUCUCAAAUCCAUUUAUGUUCCAUGGAACGUGUGCAAAUUAUGACAGAAUUAAACCCUGGAACUGAAGGUGAGAUGCACAUUUUUCUUUUAAAGCAUUUAUUUUCACUGUGUGGACUUGAAGCUUUCGUUCCUGUUUUAUGUACUGAAGACCUCGAGGAAAGAGUCAGCGGUCUGAGUGAGACAAAGAGUCCAAUUCAAGGAGGGAAAGGGACACUCCUCAACCUCUUAAUGUUUUAGGUCACUGGUCCCGCUAAUGAAGCUUUCAAAAAAGCGUCCGCGGGCCACAGGUCCUGUAACUGCUUUGGAUUAAAGGAACUGUGUUUCGUAGGCGCUGUUGAGCGAGAGAAGAACAUCUGGUGCUGUUGAUCUAGUUUGACUAAUCUUGAUGACUAAUCUGAACCCUGUGCAAAGACACCCACACCUUUUUAAGUCUUGUGAUCUUGAUGAUGUGCAUAAUCAUCUGCUAGUUUACGGUUUUUAUUUUUAAUGGCUGACUCCCUACAAGUUAAGGCUGUGGCUUGUAUACACGGCAUUGAUCACUUUUAUACACGGCAUUGAUCACUUUUUCCCAAAGUGCACUGUGCUGAAUUCAGCCACCAGUUAAUUUGAUGCAGUUCCAUCGCCGCAUUGUUCUCACACACUGCUUAUCCUACCUGUGAUUCAAAUAAAUGUUGCUUAAUAAAGGGACCAAGUUUCACUGGUUUAUUCUGUUCCACACAGAAAUGCGCCUCAUACAGGGUGGAUGAUGGAUUUCUUUUUCUACACUAAUAGAUGAUUGUAUUUGGCUAAUUUUAUUAAGUUUUAUUAUGGGAUUUUAACCCCUUUGAAGGAGACCUUUUAUUUAUAACUUGGAUCUGCAAGGAUAACAACAUGAACACCUGUCUGUGUAAAUACGAUUUUAUUUCAAAUAAAGUGUUUUCUCUUCACUGUUA